AUGCAGUUUUCUAUUCUCGCUGCUAUAAUCGCAGCGACGAUCGGAAAAUACUCCGAUGCCGUGCGCUCUGAAAUACCCGCUACACGAUCGUUCUUCUACGUCGGCGGGCGGUACGACGAUGACGGUGACGGGGGCCAUGUUUUUCGGGACCAGAUGUAUGUUGAGAAACUCGCCCCCGUGAAGGGAGCCUGGAAAGAUACGCCUAUCGUUAUGAUCCACGGUAUGGCGCAGACAGGCACGAAUUUCCUGAACAAGCCCGACGGCGGAGUCGGUUGGGCCUCGAGGUUCAUUCAGCAGGGCUACGAGGUGUACAUUGUAGAUCAGACUUUCCGGGGAAGAUCUGCUUGGAUGCCGGGACAAGGCGCUGCCAAGCUUAGUACUCUUUCGGCCGAGGCUGUGGAGGUUGCGUUUACUGAUUCGAGGACGCAUAUGCUCUGGCCCCAGGCUGUGAACCAUACCCAAUGGCCUGGCUCUGGAGUCCGGGGCGAUCCAGUGUUUGACGCGUUUUACAGCUCGAAUGUGGAGUUUGUUGAUAACACGACCUAUCAGCAGACUUCGGUUCAAGCAGCUGGUGCAGCCUUGCUGGAUAGGAUUGGGAAACCGGCUGUUCUUCUGGGACAUAGUCAAGGAAGUUUUAUGCCUACUUUGAUCGCCGACAUACGGCCGGAGCUCACGAAGAGUAUCGUGUUGCUGGAAGCUGCUGGGCCGCCGUUCAAAGAUGAGAUAUUCAAGUUCGGUGGCGAGUUUCCUAGGCCCUGGGGGCUGUGGGAUGUUCCUAUCACGUAUAACCCUCCUGUGGAAGACCCGAAGAAGGACCUUGUGCAAAAGGUUCAUGCUCAGAAAGAUAACCUUUCUACGGAGUGUAUACUUCAAGCAGAUGAACCUUCGCCCCGACAGUUAGUUAACUUGGUGGAUAUUCCUAUUCUUAUUGUCACAGUAAGCAUGUCUAACGCAGGAUCAUCGUCUACUGCCCUCACCAGGGUGCGCAACAGGCCCUGCGAAAUGGAAGAACUGUUCAGCCGAGAAAAACGGUAUACCAUCUGGCGCCAACUUUGGCUCUGGCUUGCGCAAAGCCAGAAGGAGCUUGGCAUCGUCUACCUCGUUCCCAACCCCGAUACCAAUGAUACCAAUGCCCUCGUGGAAGAGCGAAUAAUCGAAGACGAAGCUCUUGAACAGCUGAGGCACUGCUGUCAUGUCUUGCCCUACCAAGCCAGGGCUCAGCAUAUGUGCUCUCUGACUCCUGAUCAUGUUUUGGACCUUCGUGCUCAAUACCACUUCGUCACUGGUCUCGACGCCCGCCGAUCCAAGCACUGGCUCAACCUUGGCGUCACCCACGAGUACGUCCUCGAAAACACGGAGCAGAUCCUCAUGGCUCGUGCCGUAGAUAUCCUGAACACCAAGAUCGCAAUGCUUCUCUACCGACUCAGAAACUUUGCCAUGGGUCAUAGGGACGUACAGUGUCUCGUGUACGAGCCAGACUCUAGAACAUCCUACCUUACAACAGUAGGAGAAAGGAUCGCUGGCUGGGCUAAGAUGUUCGGUGCGCUCCUGCGGGAUUUUCAGAAACUUCGACGCAACAUCGCGUCGGCUGGAUCUCAGCCAAUUACUUCAAGUGAACAGCACAACAUUAGCUUCUUUGACAAGAAGUCUAUGCUCGAGCACUUUGAGGGCGACCAGUCAAAGUGCGAGAAGUUGAAUGACCUGCUUCGCCGAAAGAUGGGAUUCGAAAACUGUCGUGCGAAAGACUAUUUUGAUUAUCGUUGUGACAUCAACGCACUUUUGGGGCGCCUGUGUACUAGCCUAGGCGACAAGGCUCUUCAAAUUGUUGAAGAUCUGGAUCAUUUUGACUCUACUGGUCAGUUGGUUGAGAAGAGGGCGAGGAACGAUGGCUCGCCUGUCACAGCGCAAAAUCCAUUGCCCAGAGAGUCUCCGAUCCUAAAGAUCGCUGCAGAAACUCUCAUGAGAGUAGCAGAUGAUUUCAAGAAACCACAUGUUUCUAAAAUCUAUGGACAUGAGGAAUAUAUCAUGGCACGGCUGUUCAAGCACGCUGCGCGAGUCGUCAGGGUACUCCAAAGCAUCGUCGAGGGCCUUUACUACGAUGCCCAGGGCGCUUACACCAUCAAGUGGGUCGAGAUGCCGUCCAUGAUGACCUCCCCUCUCGUCGGUAGACUAAUCUACCGCCACGAGGAUCCAGCGACCAUUUUGAGGCAUCUGAGUGCCGUUUGCAUCGACGAAGACGCGAUGAAUUACCCAUUUCAACUUCGAGUGGGACGUUUUAUAAUCAGACUCAUGAGUCACGAGUUCUUCAGAAGACAUCCUGACGACGUUCGCAAUGCUGUCCUGUCAGUUUUGGAUAUCUCGCAAAGUCUAACACUAGUUGAUGAGAUCUGCGGAGAGGAUGGUACCAUUGCCAUGAGACUUCAACCUUACCAGGACUAUAUUCGAGAGAUGACUGCUGGAGAGGUGCGUCUGCAGCCACCUCUGAUGAUUCAGGCUGCCCCGGGCCACUAG